AUGAGUGAAAGAGACAGUCAAGAUAGGAGGCUCAUUAAUAAGAGUGAUGAAGAAGAUGCAGAUGGUAAGAGGGGACGAGAUAGGAACAAGGAAAUUGUUAAUGAUAGGAACAGGAAUAGGAGUGAUGAUGAAGAUGCAAAUGAUAGGAAUGGGGAUAAGAGGCGUGGUGAUGAUUAUGCUAAUGAUAGGAGGAGGAGAAGAGAUGGAUGGAGUGACAAUGAAGAUAAAAAUGAUAAAAGGAGAGACAAAAAGAAAGAUAAAGGUAGGGAUGAGGAAGAUCAUAAUGACAAGAGAAGAGGAAGGAGGGAUGAUGAUGAAGAUGGUAAUUAUAGGAGGAACAAGGAAAGGAAAAGAGGUAGGAGCAAGGACAUAAGGAGUGAUGAUGAAGAUGGACAUGAUAAGAACAACAGAAACAAGAAAAGAAUUGAUGAACAUGAUCAAAGUGAUGAAGAAGUUGGUGAAAUCAGGAAAACAGGGAAAAAGAAUGAGGACAUAAGUGAUGAAGAAGAUGGUGAGAUGAGGAAAAGUGGUAGAAAAGGGAAGUAUGAUGAUACGAGUGAUAAGGAAAUUGGUGAAAUCAGGAAGAGAGGGAGAAAGGGUAAGGAUAAAAGGAGUGAUGAUGAAGAUGAUAAAUACAAAAGGAGAAGGAAUAGGAACAAAUAUGAAAAGAAUGAUGACGAAGAUUAUAAAAGGGACAGAAAGAGGAAUGGCGAUCAUAAAGAAAGAAGAUGA